AUGACCAAAACAAUGUUCACAAAGACAACACUCUUUCUCAAGCAGCAUCAGAGACAUGCAAAAGAUAAGGAAGACGGGGCGUCCCUCGCAACUGACAAUCACUCUGAUUCAUCCGAAUCCCAAGACAGCGCUUUGGCUGAUCCUCAGACACGAAAGGAAGAAGAGUGUCUCCGAAAGCUGAGAGAAGAAUGCCGCUUGGCAGACAUCUCCGCCUCGGGUAAUAUCAUAUUUCGCUUUGCUUGCUUUUACGACUUUAACUUCGAAACGGCUCGAACUGCCAUGGUAAAAAAAUACAAUGACCCCCAUCUAAACCUUCGAAUGGAAGACAAGCUCUUGGACCAAUUCCAAAACAAGGUUAUCUUUCCCCUACCGGGUCUCAGGACCAGGAACAUGAAGCACGAAGUACUCUACUUUCAUGCCUGUCGCCACUUCCCAGCAACAAUGGAUACUGAGCUGCUUGUCAGGAACAUGACCUACAUUUUCAACGAUAUGAGCCUGACUGAACAACAAUGCCGGAAUGGAGUCGCAAUGAUAAUCGAUUUGAACCAGUGGGCAUUCAAGAACUUCACGCCGGAAUGCUCUAACAAGUUUUUCAAGGCACUGCAAUAUCAAGUGCCGACAAAGAUUGGAGCAGUUCUCAUUGUGAACGCUCCGCGCUGGUUCCCAAAGCUUUAUCGCCACUUGUUCAAGAAGAUGAUGACCAAAUCAUUCGCUAAGAAAGUGCAUAUCUUGAAGAAACCACAGCAGUUGAAAACUCAUUUGAUGGAUGGCUGCGAACAGUUUCUGCCAGUAGAAAUGGGAUAUUGGGUCGACUCAACAGAGAUCGUUGAGGAUUUUGUCGACUGGAAGCGUUACGCUGAAUCCAAUCAUUGA